AUGGCGACAAAGAAACAAGCUCUCAGAAGCUCUGCGCAAAAUGCAAAUAUUUCAUCAACAAAGUCGCCCUCUAAGCCAGUUCAAUCAAAGAUUCUAAAUCUCAAGGAUACAAUGGAGAGUGAAGAUGAAAAAGAAAGUGGUGUGAAGGAGAUGUUCGAGGUUGUAAUGAGAAAGCUUAGCAAGCUUGAUGACAUAGACAGUCGUGUCAAGUCAAUGGAGAAUGACCUAAAAGACAUGAUGAGUUCCCUAGAAUUCGUCCAUGCGGAGGUUAAAGAUCUGAAGGAAGAAAAUGAAAAACGCAAGGCAGAAGGACAUAAAACGGACGAAAGACUAGAAAAACUGGAGGAUCUAAAUACGGCAUUAAAGAAUCGCGUCAUUGACCUACAAGCGAGGUCAAUGCGCGAUAAUUUGAUAUUCUACAAUAUCAACGAAAUGAAGGAUGAAAACCCAACAGACAUCGUCCACGGUAUAUUAGAAAAUCAGUUGGGGUUUGAGAAUGCGAAAGACACUGUGAAGAUAGACCGCGCGCACAGAUUGGGAAGGCCAAAUCCGGCUUUAUUUACAACCAGACCACGAGCCAUUGUCUGCAAAUUCAAUUUUUUUCCGGACAAAGAAAGAAUUCUGGCUAAUGCUAAAAAGCUAAAAGGAACAAGAAUUGCGAUUUCAGAGCAAUUCCCUGAGGAAAUAAUGCAAGUCAGGAAACGUCUCUACCCGGUUUUGAAAAAGGCAAGACAAGAACACAAGCGGGUUAAAAUGGUGAGGGACAAAUUAUAUAUUGAAGGUCAACUAUAUGUCGAGUCCAACACGGCAUGA